CUUGCUAAUUAGGCUGUGCAUUAGUGAUAAAGAAGCAUUUGAUUCACUGAGCUCUUCGGGACAGCACCAUCUGGAACCAUGAGGUCUUUUGGAAAUCCCUGUCUUCUUCUAAUUUUCCCCUUGUGUGUUGCUUCAGCGUCAACUGCUGUCAAGUCAGAACCUUUGGAUACUGAAAGUGAACCAAAGAAUGCAUCAACUAGUAAUCCUGUCACAUCACAAUCUGUGCAGACUACAGUUGAAUCAAAGAAUGGAACAUCACAUACAACAAAUUCUUCGUACAACUUGACUAAUUCUAAAGGUGUUGAAAAUAUAUCAGUCCCGUCUACAGCAGAAAGUGCAUCAACUAGUAAUCCUGUCACAUCACAAUCUGUGCAGACUACAGUUGAACCAAAGAAUGUGUCAGCUAGUAUUCCUACCACAUCACAAUCUGAGCAGACUGCAGUUGAACCAAAGAAUGGAACAUCAGAUUCAACAGACGAAUUGCCUACCUUGUCUACUACUAUAAUCAGUAGAACUACAUUAGUCCCGUCUACAACAGAAAUAUCAUCAACUAGUAAUCCUGUCACACAAUCUGAGCAGACUAUAAUUAAACCAAAGACUGAAUAUCCCACGUCUGGAGUAACCGAAGAAACCAGUGAGAAAAGGAAUAAACCAAAAGAUCAGAGAAUACUGUGGGUCAUAUUACCUGUACUGGUUAUAUUGAUAGCGAUUGUCAUCCUAGCAAUGAAAUCCAAAUUUAUGAAGGUCCACACAAACACAGAUGGAACCGAGAAUGAUACAGAGAAGACCGCCACUUACAAAGAUGGUGUGAUGCUUUUGGGUGUAAAGUCAUCUGGGGGUGAAGAUCCUACAAAAUGAAAUGAAGAUGUCUCCUACCUGCAGCAUCCAAAUUGAUAGCAACAGUUUCCUAUUUGUAACAGUGUCUCACAGAAGUCUGGUCACUUUUUUAAUUUUCUGAAUUCAUUUUGACAACAAUUAAAUAGGAUGGGAAAAACA